AUGAAGCUACCAGAUGUCUUGAUCGUCGCAGCCGCAGUUGUCGGUGGCGCCAAUGCAUCCCAGAAGCCCAUGACCGACGAUUAUGUCUGCGAGCACCCUCCGUACACCGUUUCGUUGGUUUCCAAGUCGCCGCUAGUCGCGUAUCUUCACAACUUUAUCACUCCAAGUGAGAGGGCUCAUCUGCAGAAGGUUACUCAAGACAGCUUCACUCGUUCCGGGGUCACAGGAGCUGAUGGUGAGCACUCGGUGCGGACGUCACAGUCCACGUCCGUGACACCAGACGCCGUUGUCAGAUGUAUCGAGGAUCGAGCACUUGCCUUCCAAGGCCACGACGUCCGGCGCAGUCACGUCGAGCCCCUGCAGCUGGUCAAAUAUGGCAAGGGGCAGCGGUAUCACUUCCACACAGACUGGUUCACCGACCCAGCUCAUGCCACAGCUGGAUUAGGCGGCAACCGGGUUUCGUCCUUCUUCGCAUAUGUGCACGUGUCAAACGACACCACCGGGGGAGGGACAAAUUUUCCUAUUCUGGAUGCCCCGAGGGAUCCUCACUGGUGUGCUACACUGGACUGCGAUGAGCCGUAUGAGAACGGGGUGACAUUCAGGCCCAUUGAGGGCAACGCGGUGUACUGGGAGAAUCUUUUCCCGAACGGUCUGGGGGAUGAGAGGACCCUACACGCUGGUCUACCGGUGACGACUGGUCAGAAGACGGGCAUGAAUAUAUGGACAAGACAGGGACCGCUCAGUGAGGAGUUCCGCGGCGGCAAGUGAGUGUCUCGGGUGUUAAAGUGAAGAAUGAGCACCACCUUGUUCAGGCGCUCAUCAUCCCAAGUAACGAGAGUUGGGUGUGGCUGUCUGUUGCUGGGCAUCAAUGAUGAUCUUCCCGUCCAAAGGGUCAAACCCUCAGAUUGUGGAUCUGUCUUUGUCGAUUGACGUCCACGUUGGCUGAUGCCUUCGAAACACGUCAUCGGAAAGUCGAGCAUGAGUAUCGAAUAUCAUGGAGUCACACUGUACUCGGUACGGA